CACUCUCAGCCUGGAAAGAGAGAUAAGGAAAUCUGGAUUUUCAAAGUCCCCUCGGAGGCUUUGAAGACAUUGAUUACUACUCAUAAUGAAAAUGAAGAUAAUUAUAUAUAUAUGCAUUUGGGCAACUGCCUGGGCCAUUCCGGUUCCCCAGUUAGUACCACUGGAAAGAGACAUUGUUGAAAACUCUGUGGCUGUGCCUCUUCUAACACAUCCAGGAACUGCAGCACAGAAUGAGUUAUCUAUCAACAGCACCACUAGCAACAGCAACGACUCCCCAGAUGGCAGUGAGAUAGGAGAGCAGGUACUUAGCGAGGAUGGUUACAAAAGAGAUGGGAAUGGCUCCGAGUCAAUACAUGUAGGAGGGAAGGAUUUUCCUACUCAGCCCAUUUUAGUAAACGAACAGGGGAACACUGCUGAAGAACACAAUGACAUAGAAACAUACGGUCAUGAUGGGGUACAUGCGAGAGGAGAGAACAGCACAGCAAAUGGCAUCAGGAGCCAGGUAGGCAUCGUUGAAAAUGCGGAGGAAGCAGAGAGCAGUGUCCACGGACAGGCUGGUCAGAAUACAAAAUCUGGAGGUGCUAGUGAUGUAAGCCAGAAUGGAGAUGCGACCCUUGUCCAGGAAAAUGAGCCUCCAGAAGCUAGCAUCAAGAAUAGCACCAACCAUGAGGCUGGAAUACACGGGAGUGGGGUUGCUACACAUGAAACGACGCCUCAGAGAGAAGGGCUGGGGAGUGAGAACCAGGGGACUGAGGUGACACCAAGCAUCGGGGAAGAUGCAGGUUUGGAUGAUACUGAUGGGAGUCCUAGCGGGAACGGGGUAGAGGAGGAUGAAGAUACAGGCUCUGGUGAUGGUGAGGGUGCAGAAGCAGGAGAUGGAAGGGAGAGCCAUGAUGGCACUAAGGGCCAGGGGGGCCAAUCUCAUGGGGGAAACACUGACCACAGAGGUCAGAGUUCAGUUAGUACUGAAGAUGAUGAUUCUAAAGAACAAGAAGGCUUCCCAAAUGGACACAAUGGAGACAACAGCAGUGAGGAAAACGGUGUUGAAGAAGGCGACAGUACCCAGGCAACGCAGGACAACCAAAAGCUCAGCCCCAAAGACACCCGAGAUGCAGAGGGUGGGAUCAUCAGCCAGUCAGAAGCAUGUCCUUCUGGGAAGAGCCAAGAUCAGGGAAUAGAAACUGAAGGUCCCAACAAAGGCAACAAAAGUAUUAUUACCAAAGAAUCUGGGAAACUCAGUGGAAGUAAAGAUAGCAAUGGACACCAAGGAGUGGAGCUGGACAAAAGGAAUAGCCCAAAGCAAGGGGAGUCUGACAAGCCUCAAGGCACUGCUGAGAAAUCAGCUGCCCACAGUAACCUGGGACACAGCAGGAUAGGUAGCAGCAGCAAUAGUGAUGGGCAUGACAGUUACGAGUUCGAUGACGAGUCCAUGCAAGGAGAUGAUCCCAAGAGCAGCGACGAAUCUAACGGAAGUGACGAAAGUGACACUAACUCUGAAAGCGCCAAUGAGAGUGGCAGCCGUGGAGAUGCUUCUUACACAUCUGAUGAAUCAAGUGAUGAUGACAAUGACAGUGACUCACAUGCGGGAGAAGACGAUAGCAGUGAUGACUCAUCUGAUACAGAUGACAGUGACAGUAAUGGUGAUGGUGACAGUGACAGUAAUGGUGAUGGUGACAGCGAGAGUGAGGACAAGGACGAAUCUGACAGCAGUGACCAUGACAACAGCAGUGACAGUGAGAGCAAAUCAGACAGCAGUGACAGUAGUGACGACAGCAGUGACAGCAGCGACAGUAGUGACAGCAGUGACAGCAGUGACAGUAGUGACAGUAGUGACAGCAGCGACAGCAGUGACAGCAGCGACAGCAACAGUAGUAGUGACAGCAGCGACAGCAGCAGUAGUAGUGACAGCAGCGACAGCAGUGACAGCAGUGACAGCAGUGACAGCAGCGAUAGCAGUGACAGCAGUGACAGCAGUGACAGCAGCGAUAGCAGUGACAGCAGUGACAGUAGUGACAGCAGUGACAGCAGCGACAGCAGCAGUAGUAGUGACAGCAGCGACAGCAGCAGUAGUAGUGACAGCAGCGACAGCAGUGACAGCAGUGACAGCAGCGAUAGCAGUGACAGCAGUGACAGCAGCAGCAGCGACAGCAGCAGCAGUAGCAACAGCAGUGACAGUAGUGACAGCAGUGACAGCAGCAGCAGCAGCGACAGCAGCAACAGCAGCGACAGCAGUGACAGUAGUGACAGCAGUGACAGUAGUGACAGCAGUGACAGCAGCAACAGUAGUGACAGCAGCGACAGCAGCAGUAGUAGUGACAGCAGCGACAGCAGCAGUAGUAGUGACAGCAGUGACAGUAGUGACAGUAGUGACAGCAGUGAGAGCAGUGAGAGCAGCGACAGCAGCAACAGCAGUGACAGCAGCGACAGUAGUGACAGCAGUGACAGUAGCGACAGCAGCGACAGUAGUGACAGUAGCGACAGCAGUGACAGUAGCAACAGUAGCGACAGCAGUGACAGCAGUGACAGCAGCGACAGUAGUGACAGCAGCAACAGUAGUGACAGCAGUGACAGUAGCGACAGUAGUGACAGCAGUGACAGCAGUGACAGCAGCGACAGUAGUGACAGCAGUGACAGUAGUGACAGCAGCGACAGUAGUGACAGCAGUGACAGCAGUGACAGCAGUGACAGCAGCGACAGCAGCGACAGCAGUGACAGCAGCGACAGCAGCGACAGCAGUGACAGCAGCGACAGCAGCAACAGCAGUGACAGCAGUGACAGUGACAGCAAGGAUAGCAGUUCUGACAGCAGUGAUGGUGACAGCAAGUCUGGUAAUGGCAACAGUGACAGCAACAGUGACAGCAACAGUGACAGUGACAGUGACAGUGAAGGCAGUGACAGUAACCACUCAACCAGUGAUGAUUAGAUCAGAGAGAACCCAUGAUAUCCUCUGUGUGACCUCUUGGUGAGUGAUGGGAAGGCAGUGAAGGUUCCUAACCCAAUGAUGACAGGAGAGAUGUGCAGACUGUGUGGAACCCAUGGAGCUCAUAGGGAGUGGAGCCGAGCUCCAGCUCUCUCAGAGAGAAUCUGGGUGUACCACCUUUGGUACAUGUGUGUUAAAAUAUAUUCAUGUUCAGAAAAUAUUUUUAAAAGGAUAAAUCUAAACAAUACUUUAACAGGAACUGAAGAAAUCACUAAGACACAUAGCUUCGAUUUGAAUGGCGGGUGCUUUAAAGAGCAGAGCUAGCAAUGUCACAGCCUGCUGCAGCCUCCUCCCUCAGUGCUCCGGGCACCAGAGAGCUAGUCUUCAUGUUGUGCAGUGAGUAAUGCUGUUCUGUGACAUUCAACUCAACUACUCUGUCAUUUAUUUAUUCCGGGGAAAAUUACAUUUAGGGCAUAAUCAAAACACCGCUGCAACUACUGGCCCUAUCCAAGGUGCUGAGAUAAUCUUUGUGAUGAGACAAUAGCUAUACAUUAUGAAAAUUCCGAAGAAUGAAUGAGAAAAGAGCCCCAAGGAUGGCUUGGGCAGGAUCUGACACAUGCGGUUAAAUUUCUGCAUGGGAUGGAUAUGUACUAAGUCCCCAACCCCUGCACUUUGAACAGUGUCUCCCUUCCAGCAGUGGCCCUCAAACCUUAAAUAAACGAGCAACACGGAUGGAUGAUUUCGGGAGGUGGGAUCAUAUUCUGAGCUCUCCAUGUACCACUGUGUUAUUAGUUUUCUUCGAAUCACAGCUCAAACAGUUUAAUCAAGAGUUGUAAGGCUGUGCGUGACAAGAGUGGGACCCUGUUUGGGCUCUAGGGCUCCUCUGAAAGCAAGAGAGGUAAUGAGAAUAAACCACACCAAGACAGGAGGUGUGAACUGGGAUUGUCUCAAGAAAACCUUAACCCUCAAGCCUUAAGGAUAUUUUUGAAGAUUUAGGGUUUUCCUUUGUCAUUUCCCUAUUUCCCCACAUAGGCAGUUAUGCCAAAUUUGGGUUAAAUAGAAACUAUUAAAUACAUUAUAAUGAUAAUCUACUCUAUUCUCAUUUUAGGCUUAUUUUACCCAGAGUUUCAGAAGAGUUUCUUUUCUCAGGUGCUCACCUCCUUUUGUGAGAGUUUCUGAGUUAAGGAAUAUUGCUGAGGCUUUCACACGCUGCUAUCUGUAAACGCGUUGUAACGCCCACACUGUAAAGCUCCAGGCUUCUGAGCUGCCACAGCUGUGACGUGACUCCAGACCCCUCACCAGAAAGUAAAGGUUCAGUCUUUGCCUUCUACUAGACCCCAAACUCUCCUUUGUUUGCUGUAACUUAUGAAGCACCUGCCUCUAGUAACCCGCCACACCCACUCAUCGAGGUUGUGAUCACUAAAGCCAUGGGUAGAAAACUCAUCGUAAACUGUGUAAGAAAUGUAAAGGAAGAGAUAAUGAACUUCAGUAUUAUAAUAAACAUCUAUUUAUACAAUUGC